UGCAAGUACAACAUGAAGAUGAAGAAUAUGACCAGGAGGACUAUGCUAGGGAGCAAGAGUUUUCUAGUAACGUGAAAAAAAGAAAAUGUACUGCACAGAUGUAUCAGUUGCGAUCCAUUCUAAGUAUCAAAACCUCACUGAAGGUUUGGAAGAACAGGUGCACUCUAUACAGGAUUCCUUGCUCCAAUUGCAGCAGCUAUUAACAGACCUUCCCCAUGAUAUGCUAGAAGACAGUGGAGAUCUCUCUGAUUACAGUGCACCUGAGGACCAUGAACAAGCACAUAAACACUGGGAUCAGGAUGCCAACAGAUGGAAUGAUCAUCCAGUUGCAACAAAUCCACAAAGUGACUAUGAACAGGGUCAGAAUUUGUAUGCGGAGCGCUUUUUACACGACCAAGGCAACUUCCAAGGUGAAAUGCAUGGCAGUGACUGGUCAGAGCAUCACAAUGAAGAUGAAGAGAAAAGCAUGUAUGAGAUUUCUGGCAGAGCAAGUGAGGAUGGAUCUGAUGAAGUGUAUCUGGGAGGAGAUGGGUUUAAAGCAUCUACCCACUACCAACAAGACAACAUAUAUCACCUUCCAGAAAACUUUAGGCCAUACACAAAUGGUCACCAGCAAGAGUUCAGUAAGCAACACAGCAAAACAGACAAUUUCAUUGAUGCUAAGAAGGAAAACGUGAAGUUGCAAUGUGGCACUUCAGAAACAACUGUGGAGCCUUACAAAGUAGUAUAUAAGCCAUACCAGAAUAACAUCCAACAACCAGUCCCUAUUUCUCCAGAUGCAACAAGAAGAAAUGACGCAUUUGAAGAGAUGCAACAAGAAUUUUUGGGUACUGGUGAGGAUUCUCCAGACAACAUGCAGAUUCUGCAACUUCAGGUUCUUAAUAAAGCAAAAGGAAGAAAACUGGAAGAACUUAAUAACCAGCUGGAAGAAAGAGCCCAGCAGAUUAGGUAUCUGUCUCAUCAGCUUGCAAUUGUAAAAGAUGAAAAAGAUGGCAUGUGUCUCAGUCUCCAGGAAAAUCAAAAACUCCAUCAGAAUGCCAAAGAAAGGGAAAUUCAGCUUGAAGGCCAAAUAAAAGCUUUAGAAACACAAAUUCAGACGUUAGCUGCCAACGAGGAGAAGCUGAUCAAACAAUCUAAAGUUGCAGAAGUUGCAAUGGAAACCAUGCAGCAGCAGCUCUUGGAACUUCGACGCUCUGACACCCUCCAGCGUGCAAGAGAGCAGCAUGAGGCGAUCGUUACAGCACUCAAACAGAAACAUGAAGAACAAGCCUUGUCUUUGCAGCAGAAACUGGAUGCUAGGAAUAUAGCAUUCCAGGAGCAGUCAGAACUUUGCUGCCAUCUAAGGGAACAUGUGAAACAACUUGAAAGAACUCUUGAGGAAAGCAAAUUGGAAAAAAAUGAAAUUAUCAGUCGGCUCUCAAGAAGUCUAGAAGAAAGCCAAAACCAGUGUGCAAAUCUGCUGCAGACAGGUUUGGUGAAGGAGACAAAUCAGUUACGCAUGCAGCUUCAGCAAGCCCAGUCUGUCCAGCUGAUAAGCAAUGAAAUGAAUAAGGCUCUGCAGGAAGAGUUAAAGGAACUUAAAGAAGAAUUGGUUUUAUAUGAAUCUGCUGCGAAACAUGGUGUGUUUCUCAGUGACCCAGGUGGAGAAUUGAAUGUAGACAUGACUGAUUCUUAUGUAGAUUUGGGUAUUAAAAAGAAAACUGGACUUAACAGCGCUGCACUGACUAAAGAAGCAGAUAAAGAAUUAUCUAAAGAUGAGGUCAUCUUACAGCUGAAGAUUGAACUAGAACGUUUACUGAAUAGUAACAAAACAAAGAGGAACCGCAUUUCUCGGUUACAGAGUGACCUUGAUGAUUACCAGAGAACAGUUGAAGACCUGAAGGAGCAACUAGUAAAAACAAAUAUGCAUGAGCCCAGAGGAAGAAAUAUAGAAAAUCGACUUGAUGGCAUACAGUCUAAUGUCUCUGAAGAAAUGCUGAAGCUCAAAAAGGAAAAUCAGGAUUUGAAACAAGAAACUGAGAGCCUUAAUGCACGUAUUCAGGAAUUAAUAGAAAACCAAGAAAAACUGAAAAAUGCAAAUCAGGAGCUAUGUAGUCAAAUGAGACAGAUGAUUCAGGAGUCGGAUCGGGAUAAGCAAGAAGCUCUUGACAGAUGUGAAAGAACCUAUCAGCAACAUUAUGAGAACAUGAAGAAAAAGCUUUGUGAAGAGCUUGAAGAAAGGCAUGCUGCAGAGAAAGAAAAACUCACCUAUGAUUAUGAAAUGAAGAUUACACAGUUAAAGACUGUCAUUGAUGAGUUGAACAAAGAAAUGCUUUCAGUGAAGGAAUGUUACAUCACUGUCUGCAGAGAGAGAGAUGAGCAGGAGGCCACUCUGAAGGCAGAAUUUGAACAAAAGCAGCAACUGAAGGAAGAGAAGCUCAAGAAACAGUUAUUGGAGGAAAAAGAAGAGUCUUUGAAGAGGCUGAGGGCUGAACUAGAGGAAGAACACAGGAAUUCCAUUGUAACUGCCAAGAGCCAAUGGUUGAGAGAAAAAGAAUCUGACAUGAAGCAGCGCAUUGAAAAUGAAGUGACGGUAGUCAAGACCAUCUGGGAGAGAGAACAGAAAGAGAUCAAAGACAGAGCUAUUCAGGAAGUUGAAAAAGAGUGGCAACAUAGACUAGAUCAAGCUUUAGAAGAAGCAAAGAGGCCUGCAGUGGAACUCAAUGAUUAUUGCAGCCAAACAGAGUUGUUAACCAUCACAGAUGAAUCAUUGGACCAAAUGAUUGCCGAAGCAGUUGAAAAACAGACACUACUAAUUCAGGAGGCACUGCAAGAAAAGGAAAAGGCCCUGAGAGAUUGUGAAGCAAGGCAUCAUGAGAGCAUUGCUAGUCAGGUGGAACUAGCUCUGACGAAAGCUCGUGUCAGGUGGCUGCAAGAACUGACUGAGCUUGAGGAAUACAAAGCUCACCUGAAGGUAGCCAGGGAAAAAUGGGAGAAGGAAUGUGAAAUCAGCACAGCAAAACAGGUGUCACUGGCUCUUUCAGCUGCUGAAGAAAAGUGGAAGAAGGAACAUGAGAACACUGAUAUAGCUAGAGUAAGGACCAAAGAACUUGAAGAUAAGGUAUUUUCCCUUAAAAGGGAACUAGAACUCAAAAAGGAAGAAAUCCCUGCCAUUAUUAAAGCAGAAGUGGCAAAAUCUCGGACUCAGUGGAACAAGGAAAAGCAAGAGGAGUUUCUGAGGAUUCAAGACCAAAAUGAAAAAGAUUACCACUCUUUUUUAUAUGACCACAGGAAUAAAAUCAAUGAGGUGCUUGCAAAAGCAAAAGAAGACUUUGCAAAGCAGAAGAAAGAACUUCUAGAUCAAAAAGAGGCAGAACUGAAUAUGUGUCUGGGCAGAAAGCAACAAGAAUGGGCAGCCGGAGAAGCCAAGAGAUUCCAAAGUGAAAUUCGCCAGUAUGAAGAAAGGAUUCUGGUUCAGGUGGAACUCCUCUUAGAUGACAUGCACAAGAAUUUGGUCAAAUGUUCAAGUGAAGAGCUUGCUCAGCAACUUAAGUGGACUGCUACUCCUACCAUUCAGAUCAAUUUCCAGUUCAAAGAGAAACUGAUAUUUUGUCUGCAGAAAGCAUAUAGAGCCACUGUUAGUGCCGUUCUGGAAAAAGCCAAGCAAGAAUGGAAUGAGAAACAUGAGGUUCUGGACUAUAAUUUCAAAGAACCAGGGGUUUCCUGCUUGCACAGCAGUGAAGGAGAGACAGGAGACAAAGCAAGACCUUCCAUGUACAGCGUUGGACAGCAAGUAGAACUACAAAGGAUCUUAAGGAAGCAUACACCUUUUCAGGAAUCUGAAAUUGAUUUGAAAUGUAGGAAAAGAGAUCCUUUGUCCCGAGAAGACAUUUGUUGUGAGCACUGUUGCCAGCAGCUGGAAAGAAAGGAAAAAGAAUGUCAGGAUUUGAAAAAGAAACUUGAUAAAGCUUGCAAACACCUCCAGCUUGCAGUCAGAGCAAAGUCAGAGCAGUUCCAAGAAAAUGAAAAAAUUGUAGAGGCAUUAAUGGAAGAAAACUCCACAAUGAAGGACAAACUUGAUGAUUUGAAAUUGGCCAAUGGUCCUCCAAGAUCAUCCUCAGAGGGGAGUGUCUCGGCCCCUUGUUCCUGUGAUGGAAAAGCCUUGGAAGAAAUGCGUUUUCAGUAUAUUAAAGCAGUGAGCAAAAUUAAGAGUGACAUGCUUCGUUACAUACAUGAAAGUAAAGAGAGAGCCGCAGAAAUUAUUAAAGCAGAAGUUUUAAGAGAACGUCAAGAGACAGCCCGAAAAAUGCGCAAAUAUUACCUCAUUUGUCUUCAGCAGCUUUUGAUUGAUGAUGGAAAGCAUGAUGGGCCUGAGAAGAAAAUAAUAUGUGCUGCAGGCAAACUUGCUACAAUGGCUAAAAUAUUAGAAACACCUGUUCGUAAUGCAUCCCAGAGCAAAGUUACCCACUCAGCCCAGUCACAAAAUUCCAAGCUGCUCUCUGAGGUUGAGAAGCCUCAAAGAAAUUACCCGCAACAACCCUCGCCAACCCUAGUAGAAAACCAAAUUCAUGUCAAAAAAACCAGUAACCCAGCUACCCAGAAACGUAUACCUUGUAGCUUACGACAGCAGCUCGAUGCUGAAACCCACUCUGUUGCAAAUUCCCAUACCAAAGUUGGUGGGAGAGCUUUUAAACAGCUGGAUGAUACAUCACUUGGUGCUGUAUCGGUAGUAGCAUUCAGUGAAGGCGAAAACGCAGACAAAGGUCAGUGCCAUGCAGUCAGUGAUGCUACGUUCCAGAAUUGUUCCUCACGGGUUUCUCAAGCAAAGCUCCAAAACAUUCAUCCAACUAGCGGAACAGGAGAUAGCUCUAACUCCAGCGCAGCUUGUGUAAGAUUUAAGAACCUAAAUGAAAGACCAGUUGUAACUGGAUGCACUCAGUCUUCCAGGCAUCAGAUGUCAACUUCUCAGAAAACUAAAGUCUUUGACAUUCAGGAAACUCCAGAACGGGAUGAAGGAUGCUCUUCUGAUUGGAGCUUAGUCAGUGAGACUUUACACAUGGAUAACGGUGAUGUGUCUCUGUAUCCUCUUCGGAAAGCACAUUCCAGUGCACCAGGAGAAUCCCACCCCAAGGAAGAUAGUUCUGGUUUUUGUCUACAACCUGGUGGCCACAAAGACAAGACAGGUGUUGCAAAGAGCCAAAACAUGGGCUGCAAUGAAGGCCAUCUGGCUAUGAAUCCUAGCUGUGUACCAUCUUUGAAUGUGAGCAAAUUAAGCCCUGCCGAUCCCUAUCUGAGUGGUGCAGUCUGUUCAACAGCUGGGAAAAACUAUAGCCUUCUGAAUUCAAGGAAACGGGCACAAGAUGUUUUGGCUUUUCAACAAGAUAGUGGCUUUGACAGCCCACAAAUCAACUUUGAUUAAGCAUCAUGGACUCUCUGGACAGUCUCACAAAAGAGAUACUUAAAAAUAUUUAAAUGAAAGCUGUGGAGGAAGCCUGUUGUGACAGUCUUGUGAGUGUUUUUACCAAUUCUUAACUUUCCCUUUUCGACUGUUACAUGAACAGACCUAUCAUAAAUAUUUAUGCAGGUUUGGGAUAUGUCUUAGCUAUCUGUCUUAGACUGUGUAUAGAUUGUGUGUGUGUGUGUGUGUGUGUGUUGCGUUUUGCAUAUGAAAUUAUCUAUUUUUAUACCUCAAGAUUAGUGUGCAGUACAGUGCAAACUUUUUAUAAUUUAUAUGGCAAUAAAACUGACACUUUGUGAUCCGCAUGCACAAUUGUCAUAGAACUUUCUUCAAAGUUGGGGGUACCUUUCAUUCAUUUAGCACAUUCAUCACCCUUUUCUCCAGAGAGCUGGCAGACCUAGAGUUCCAGGGCAGUCUUCCAGCUGGCCAGUAGCCAGACCCAAACCCACUUAGCUUCAGCAAAGUUAACUAUGUUAUGCACCUUCAGACCAAGCCUUGUAUGUAUGAAAUGCCAGGACAUGAAAUCUUAAACAUUUCCUUUCAAAUAUGGAAUGUAAAAAAACACCUGACCUUAGCAAACUCCAAUACCUAGAGGCACAUGAGUGCUAUUGGGUUUCUCCUUCAAGAAACAGCACUGCUAUGAUGUACAUGGAGGAAACUUCCUCAGGGAGCAGGUCCUGGCCAUCAAUUAAGCAUUGAGGAGAUGCCCAAAGUUCUUGUGAUGAGAUUUCAUUUACGUUAUACCUAAGGUCCAGUUUAUGUGUCCAUGUUUUUGUCACAAAAUGCCCAGCAGUCAGCACCAAGCUGCUUUAGCAUAUAAACAACAGUAUGCUGUUUAUGAGUAUGAGAAGGCAAUGUGUUUAGUUAGCUGGUUUGCACAGAACAUUAAACCAUGGUUUUGUUUUGUUUUUAAAAAACUGGUUUAAUGUGACUAUGACUGUGGUGGUGCACAAUAUGCAGCGCUUGCUUUGCUCCUCCCCUGCUCCUACGUAUGCCAUACCAGUGGGAAGCUAGCCAAAAGCAAGUGGUAUGCUAAGGAAAAAACCUGGGUUUAUUGCUUGAAGAGAAAUGAACCACAAGCCGAAAUUCAAGCAUCACAAUAAAAUGCAGGGGAAGAGCACAGCAUUAACUACAUGCACCAACACUCUGCUAAUUUGUGCUAAACCAUAGUUCAUUUUAAAUCUGUUAUAUUACCAGGUGCUAAGUGCCUCUAGCAUCGUAUCAAAAACCUUUUGAAUGGGACUUUUUCUUCCAGGUCAAUUCACAGAACAGUAAUUUUUGUGUUUCAUCUCACAAAACGCCACUUUUCCAGGUACUGGCUUUCUAAACUUCCAGCAUGAAAUAGGUGGCAUAGAAAUCUAUUUUUUAUGCACCUUUAAGCAAAUUUGAUCACUCUUGAGUUGAUAUUUUCACCCAGUGUUGCAAUGAGGACUGCCAUUGAAGUUUGUGGUGUCAAAUGUGUAGUUAAGGAUCCAGAAAUAUACCUCGAUAUAAUUCUGGCUUAUGGCAUACCUGAGCUUUGUUCCUGCCAUGCGGAGGAGGAAGGGCCAAUGAAUUAGUCUGUGUCAAUUGUUGACAUUCCUGUGUAACUAUUAUAAUGGAAAAGAAUCUGCAAUAACCCGUAUCAAAUUCCUAAGGAGCAGAAUGGUUUCUUGAACAGAAGUUGGCACACAACCAGUCUUAAGGGAGCAACUACCAUACUUUUCCGUCUAUAAGAUGACCCCAUAUAUAGGAUGAUGCCUAUUUUGGGGGACUCAAAUUUAAGAAAAUGGGGAUGACACAAAAUUGUUGAGCUUUUUUUUGGGGGGGGGUUGCCCACAGUUGCUAUGCACAAUAGCCGCUGACAGCCUUGGCAGCCACCAAUCACAGAUCCACCCUAUGCACUAGCCAUGUCUAAGACGACACCAAAUUUUAAGCAUGAUUUUCACAAAAAAAUAUAUAUAUACAUGGAAAAGUACGGUACAUUAAAAAUUGAAUUGAAUGAAACUUUAUUUGCAUCAGCCGUCGGCCAUAGCAACAAAAAGCAUUGCUUUAUACACAGAACAAAAUAAAAAGUUGGUUAUAUAAAACACAGUUUAGGGUCCUGAAUCAGCAGUCAAAUAGUGGACCUUAUUCUGAUUGCCCCAGCUAAAAACCUUGCAACCUUUGUAGUCAUCUGCUCCUCUUUAUCUGCCAGGAGAAACGACACUGUUGCAGUGGUUGGGUGACCCGGAAUGGUCAAUAAAAGAGGCAGAAUAAUCUUGUUCCUCAGGUCUUUGUAAAGAGUGCACGUGAGAAGCUGAUUCGGUGCUGCCAUCUCCACAGGGACAUAGGCGUUUUUCGUAUGGAAUUUGUUGGAAUUGUCCCUCAAGUACAGCCAAGGGCAGUACAUUCAGUCUUGCGAGGGUAAAGGCACAUUAAAAAGAUCUAAACCAGUUUCCAGGUUCCAUGGUACAGAUGUACCUGUAGAAAUUAGUGGCAUCUGGUUAUUACAGGUAUAUGUUUGACUUCCCCAGUAAGAGGAAAGACGUUCACAGCAAUGCUGUAAUUAUCUUAUCAAUGUUUCUCUUUUUUUAAAAAACAAAAACACAACC